CUGAAAAAUAUCAUAAGGAAUCGAAACAACAAAAUAUGCACAAAACAAGUGGCCCUCUACUCUUUAGCUUAAGCCAUCCUCUCCUCGAUCACCAAAGUUGAACUUGCACCAAAACUCUCAAAUCUCCAUCAAAGGGGUUGUCUUCGCAGUAAAAGCAUGGAAGAAGAGCCUCCGAAGGGACAGGCGGCCAAAGACGAUGGAGCAAAAGAUGUCCGGUACAGGGGGGUCAGACGGCGGCCGUGGGGGAAAUAUGCGGCGGAGAUUCGCGACUCAACUAGGCACGGCGCCCGCCUGUGGCUGGGUACUUUUAACAAGGCGGAAGAUGCUGCUCGGGCUUAUGAUCGAGCUGCCUUUGCAAUGAGGGGUAACAUGGCCAUUCUUAACUUCCCAGAUGAACAUCGGUCACCCCCGAAUGUUGAAUUUCCUCCUCCUCCCACCUCGUCUUCGUCGACGUCGACGUCGUCGUCGUCGUCGUCGUCAUCGCACGUUGAUAGAAGUAGGAGUGAUCAGCUUGGGAAAGAAGUUUUUGAGUUUGAGUAUUUGGACGACAAGCUGUUGGAGGAACUUCUUGAUUUUGAAAACAAAACGAAGAAGAACUGAUCGAGUCUAGCUUGCUGUAGCUAGACGUUGUUCAGAUGUUCGUCCAAUCCAAAUAAACUUGGUUUGAGCUCAAGAUCAAGAUCGAGAAGAUGGGGGAAGAAAAAUAUUAAAAAAAAUAUAAUAUUCUAAACUUGGUUAGUAAAGUGCUUCAAAUCUUGAUCCAAUCCAAACUUGGUUAGUAAAGCGGGGUAG